AUGCGCUGGCUUCUCGGCCGCGGAGUUGAAGGCGGCGUAUUGUCUCAGAGGGUUGCGAAGGGCCUCCUUCAGAGUCGGAGAGUUGAAGGAGUUUUCAGUUGCAGAGUUGAAAUCUGCUGGUUUCUCAGCCGCACAGUAAACAUCUCGCCUGAAGAGUUGAGGAAGAUCAGUUUCUCAGCGGCCGAAGUGCAUGACUCGGGCCUCACACUUCAGGAAUUGAGAACGGCUGGCUACUCUGACAGCGGAUAUGAAGGCGUGUCAUUUUUCCUGGCGAGAGAUCAAGGAGGCCUUCUCAGCACCCCCACCACCAGCAUUAGUGGAAGUCCUGGAGUGUGCCAGCUCGCCCAGCAGAGGGAGCAGAACCCUGGCACCUAUACAAUCUCAGAUGGAACACCUUGCGACGCCUGGAAGCUCAUUCAGACCACUUGGCCCAACUGUGAGUAG